CCGCCCGCUCUCUCCGUGCACCCCACAGGCACAUCAGAGCUGAGCCCCUUCUCGGACCCACGGCAGUUCGACCGCUCCUUCCCCACGCUGCCAACCCUCACCGAGACCAGGUUCUCCGACCCACGGAUGCAUUACCCCGGCGCCAUGUCAGCCGCCUUCCCCUACACCGCAACCCCUUCAGCCACGGGCAUCGGGGGCAUCAGCAUGACCAGCAUGCCCACCACCACGCGUUUCCACCACACCUACCUGCCUCCUCCCUACCCCGGCUCCACGCAGAACCAGAGCGGACCCUUCCAGACCAACCCCUCUCCCUACCAUUUGUACUACGGCACGUCGUCGGGUUCGUAUCAGUUCUCCAUGGUGGCGGGUGGUGAACGCUCUCCCACCCGGAUGCUCUCUUCGUGUACGAGCGCCUCGGCGGGGAACAACUUAAUGAACCCCAACCUGGGCAAUCAGAACGACGGGGUGGAUGCGGACGGGAGCCACAGUAACUCACCGACAACCAUGACGACUACUGGGAGGAUGGACGAGUCGGUUUGGAGACCCUACUAGGAAGGAGGAGGGCAGCUGGGCACCGAGAGCUUUAACCGGAUCGGCCGCCGUGACGUUACUCCUUUCCCAUCGAAAUGAUGCCGAGGGAAAAGGUAAACCAAAGUCUCCCAAACCAAAAGCAAAGCAGGAGGAAUCCUCUACACAUAAAUAACCACGGGCAAACAUCAAGCAAAGCUGGGCCGGGACCUACGUUACAUUUCAAGAUGAACGUCCACAAGGCUUGAAUUUGUCGCUUGAUGUGGUUCUUUUCAUAUGGUUUUAAUAUGUGGAUUGUACAUAGGGAAAAAAAGAUGCGUGGAUUCAGAUGUUUGUUUACUGCCGAACACUUCUUGGUCAUCUCACUUGCACCCUCAUCCCCACACAAAGCAUUCAGGAGUCAGUGAAAGCUCGCCCUUCUGCAAAGCGCUCCAGAGACAAGAGCAGGAAAUCAUCCGAGCCAUCUCUGUGCCGAAGCACAAAGACUGAACUGAAAAAAAGGAAAAAAAAAAAAAAAAAGGAAAGAAACCUUUGUCUCCUCUCAUUCCCUCCCAGCAGUGUAGGGCUGCUGCUGCUGCCCAGCAAAGAGCUCUGGUUUACAGCACAAGUUACAGGCUGUGUCCCUCGUGGGUCGGCAUCAGCCACGCGAACGGGAGCUGUGAUGGGGCUGUGAUUAUUCCUUGCUGACGACAGAGGUUGUAUUGUUCACUUCUGUGCACUGUCGUCGUUUUUUAAGCAGUAGCGUGGCUGAUCCCGUGCCCGGCAGGCCCUCCCCUCUCCUCUAUGUUUACAUACGAGAUGUACUUUUUACAUGAUGCGUUGUGUUUUGUUUGCUCUCUCGCCUUGACCUCACCGUUCAAUUCUUUGCUCCCCUUAGCAGAUCUCAGCGAUGAUGAUGGUGGUGUGUGACAUGAAGGCGGUGUUGGGGGCAAUCCGAGAUGUGUGAGAUGCACUUCCCAGCUCGUGAGCUGCUGUGGGGCUGGGAACCUUUGGCACUGCGCUGCCGUGGGUCUGUGGGUCUUCCUUUGAUCCUCUCUGAAUGCCUGCACACACAGCUGCUGGCAAAGCGUCCUCCUUCUGCUGUGAUUCUUUCCUGUGUUUUCACCAGGAGUGGACGGACACGCGAUGAUUUGUUUUAUUAAGCAACGACUGGCAUCUUAUCAGUGUGUGCUGAAAGCGCCAACUGAGAUCUGGAGAAAGGAGCGCUUCCUACUCAGCCCCUUUAAUGGUGGGAAGGUCGUGAAGCAGUGCCAGCUGUCACCCCACAUCCCCUCCUUUCCUCCAGGUGUCCUGUAGUGCUGGUGUUGGCUCAGCAGCUGAAGGAUCAGCACUCAGAGUCACCGUGGAACCAUUGGGGGCUCUGCUGAGCCCCAACGCACACCAUGGUUCCAUCCAUUCCCACCAGUGCUGGGUUGGUGGUUGGGCACGAUGACCUCAGAGAUCUCCUCCAAUCUUAAAGAUUCCACGACCUGCACUGUGCCUCUUUGUGCACGAGCAAGAGAAAACAUAAACCCAGCAGCUGCCCUCCCAUCCUCCCCUCCUGAAUUUAUGCCCUUACGGCAGCAGCACCUCUUGCCAAAUCUCAGUUGGUAGCUCAUCAGCAAUCAGUUCUAAUUGCACUACCAUGUAGAGGUGGGAGCAAGGCGUCCCCAUUUAGUCGGAAAGCUGCGAUGACCACUUUGUGAGUUAAACGUGCAACAAGAGAAACAACUCUUCUAUAAGAUUCAUCCCACCCCCAAAUCCCUUCCCCAGCAAAACUGCAACUUUCACGUCCUUAAGCAACAGCAGGCACCUUUGGGUGCUCCCAGCUGGAGAAACUGGACCGGAGCAGCCUGUGUUUGGAUGCAUUUAUAUUGAUCAUCCAAUCGCACCACUGAUUGAAAGCACAAGCAAACAAGGCAUUCGUAGGACUAGCUUAAUUUAAGACUGUUCGUAGUGAAUUAAAAAGAAAAGCAACGGUGUUGUUUUUAUGACAUAUUGUCAUGUGAAGGCGUAAAUAUACGCACCUCUAUGAUAUGCAGAUGGUCACGAGACAGGCCAAUGUUUUUUGCUUUGCACUAUAAUUUGCUUUUUUUUUUAAAAAAAAAAAAAGAAAAA